GUUCAAUUAUCACCAGCCUCCCUGGCGAUAAUUAUUCAAUAAACCCUCUCCUAUGAUUGGGUCUUACACUCCUUUCGUCGUCAUGUUCGUUAUAAGGCUUACACUUAUGGAAACCGCCUUCUUAUCUUGACUCAAUCUUUCAUAGCGUCACUCCUUUUCCUUCACUCUCGUCUAAGCCCUGGCUACCAGCCAAAGGCAUCAUUGAAUGAGAGCUUUAUCUCCCCUACGAAUACUUACAUGGUCAUCGUUUCAAACCUGUCUCCCUCUCUUUUUUAAAAAUGCCCUCCAAGAGCCCACCUUUAAAGAAUGACCGAUUGACGCUUAGUCAAUUGGCGACUUAUGACGAUCUUCUAACUGAUACUCUUGUGGACCGUGUUUAUUUCUGGACCACCAUUCGCAAAAAUCGCACGAAGUAUUUUCCUUGCAGAGGCGUACGCGAGGAAGACGUGGCACCUAUUCUUCAACAUUCUGUGAUUGUGGGAAAGGAUCCUGCCAAAGCCGAGUUACAGCUUCUUCAGCUAAGCGGCCUUCGCAGAUUUACGGCUUCACUCAAAUCUCCAAGAGAAAAGGAAAAUUUCCGGAGACAUUUAAAGAGAUAUAUCAACAUCUACAUGCCAGAUGCGCCAUUUGAGAUUACAACUACGAACCGCUACACGAUUACGACUUAUGAAGCAUCUAUUACCGCCCGGAAGAUUAUUAGAAAAGGAGAGCCGAUCAAAUACUUGACUGGCGUGCAGGUAUCCAUGACCAAGGAAGAAGAGCAGGAUCUUGAUCUUCGACGUCGCGACUUUAGCAUUGUCAUGUCUAGCCGCAAGAAGACGCCCAUGCUAUUUCUUGGACCAGCUCGAUUUGCAAAUCACGACUGCAAUGCCAACGCUCGUCUCACGACCAGCGGGUCCCAAGGAAUGGGGGUUGUCGCCGUGCGAGACAUUCCGGUAGGGCAGGAAAUUACUGUGAGCUAUGGCGAGAACUAUUUCGGUGAAGGAAACUGCGAAUGUCUCUGCAAGACGUGCGAAGAUCUUGGCCGAAAUGGUUGGGCAGAUGGUGCAAGUCAAAUGCCGACGCCAAAACCGCUGAAUGGUUCUGAAGGCGAGGAGCCGGAUCAGUCAACUCCUUAUUCGUUUAGGCGCAAGCGCAAAUAUGCGAUUAGUCGCGAAUCGACCACGCCGUUGCCAAUGACGCCGGAACAGUCCCAGGAGCCGCCGUCUAAGCGGAGGAGAUCUUCUUUGUCUGUUCAGCCAAAGGCUGAGACACGUCAGAUAUUUGAAGCUCAUGAAUCCAUGGUUGGGCCCGUUGACGAGCCAAUAACUGGAGGCAAAUCAGGCUUGUCCAGCGACCAGCAUAUUGCGAACGAAUCAACUAAGGAUCCAUCAACUGGAGGGAGCAGGGCAGAGCUGCUUGGUAUUCAAGAGCACGAUUCUCCUUCCUCCUCAGUCUACGAGAUGUCUCAAAUCUCUGCACAGUCUACCGAGGCAACAUCCUUGACUGGACGCUCGGCAUUCUCUGGGCCACAUCAGUCUCGACGGCAAUCGGAACAGCCGGAAAAGUUUGAAGAAAGUGAUCUUGGCAAAACUCGAAACGACGCCAUCCCAUAUAUCAAGACGGAGCAGUAUGAUGCCACAGAAUUCCUAGCUCAAAACAAAGAUACUCCGGAUAGACUAGAUACACAAAACACCAGUUACAGCAGCACACCGGGGCCCGAUCAACAUCUCAUGCAGCCAGUUCCGUCGUUCCUAGAAGAGCCCGGCUCUCCGAUCCAACAGGUCGUUCAGCCACCAGUGUCUGUGGAAUCGGCCAUCUCCGCUGCGGCCGAUACAAUAAAAAACUCUGUGACGGACACUGCCUCUAUCACAAAUCAACACGAUCAACCCCCCGCCAUCAAUGGCCCCGCUUCUCUCAUCAGCCUCACUAACGCAUCUGAAAACCCCUCCGCCGAUCUGAUUCCUGAUAUCAACCUCAAUAACCCAUCACCCUCUGAACUCUCCCUUCCUCCGCCGGACGAGCUUCUUGAUGACACCAAUAUGACUGUCCUCCCACGCCCCAAGACGACCCUCGAACGCAUCCAUCGACGCAAAUCCACGCCCCUUCCAUCUCCCGAACCUCAAGGGCCCAUGGUGCGCACACCAGGUGAUUACAUCCUCUCACCACUUCUCCUCAGCAACAAAUCCAAUCUCUGGCUCGAAUGCUCCAACUGCUCAGAAUACUUUGUCCAACUCGACGCAUGGGAAGGCGCUCGCAUGUCCUGUCCUCGCUGCGAACGUCAUAGUAAACUGUACGGCUACGUUUGGCCGAAGACUGAGAAGGAGGGGAAACAUGACGACGAGGAAAGGAUUCUCGAUGCCCGCAUCGUCAGAAGACUACUUAAUCCCGAAGAACAGAAAGGUCUUAGGCAGAAGAGCAAACUCUUCCUCGCCGAGACGCGGAGGUCGGUCGAGGGAACCCCAAUGCGCGGAUCCAGCGAGAGUCGAACUUCUACACCAGUAGCAGAAGCACUGCAGGGUCGGAGAGCAAGCUUACGCAGGACCUAGCCUUGCUACUGCUGCUGUUGUUGUUGUAGUGGUGGUGGUGGCUCACCUUCAUUUGCUAUAUUGACCCAUAUUCGGGCUGCUCCUCGGCGGUGGUGUCAUGCUUUUAUCAUAUUUGGAUCAGAUCCCUUACUCCUGGCGUCGCUUUUUUCCUACAAAAGAUCUCUUUCCAGUCGAGAUAUGUUGAUGUGAUACCCAUUUCAACGUUUGCACAUGUACGCUAUUCCAUCCU